GGUUCAGCUGGGAUUAGAAGGGUUUAAGUCUGCCAUUGAAUCAACUGGCCACUGUGAGCUGAGGCUGACCUCAGGCUGGACCAGAGUCAAAUUGUUUCCACUGUUUGUUUGGUUUUCAUACUGGCUGAUACUUUCCUGAACAGAAAACACGUGUUAAUUUGCUGAACGCUUAAAUAUUCAGAGCGGAUAGCAAAUAAAUAUUGAUUUUAACACCUUUUUUUUUAUACAUCCUGCACUGCCUCAAUGUGCAAUUACCUGUUAACAUAUGUAUUGAGCAAUAUCUUUUAUUUGGUACCCGUAAUUAGAAAUGCAGGCACAUAGAGAAAUAGAUAGAGAAAAAACAUUUACAACACGUCUUCCUCAAAGGCUCAGUUUGAGUGAUCUCAGUCUAACCUGGAUGUAUUUAUAAGUAUUAGUAACUUAAUAUUGCUCACAAUGUUUAUGAUGUAUUAGAUUCGUGUCUUGCUGUAAAUAAGUAUCUAAAAAGUGUAAACUAAAUGUUUUUAUUUUUAUGUUGCUUUUUUCUAAGCAUAAAGUCACAUUUGUUUUCAGGAAAUCCUGCACAAGGACUGAUCUCAUGGAAGGUCCAGUGAAAAUGCAUAAACUGUUGCCACGGCUGGUGCUCUUGCUGGGUGGUUUUGCUCUCAUGGACACCACACAAAAUGUGUACUCUGCAAUUCAGAGACCUGACUAUGAUGACACCCCCAACCCAGAGUUUCUCAACCCUUCCUGGAUGUCCAGCAUCCCUGACGAGCAGCUGCUGUCUGAGGUCUCCAUGCCGGGGACCCACAACGCCAUGGCCGUGUACGGAGGCGUCUACGCCGAGUGUCAGACCUGGAGCCUGGCCUCCCAGCUCCGUGCUGGCGUUCGUUUCUUAGACAUCCGUGUGCGUCACAUCAACGGAAACCUCACUAUCCACCACGGGGUGUCGUACCAGCGAGCACACUUUGGCCAAGUACUGGAGGGUGUGGUUGACUUCCUGCACAGCUAUCCCAGUGAGACAGUACUGAUGCGGCUGAGAGAGGAGCUGAGUACGACCAAUAACAUCUACGGUACCGUGGUAGAAUUCAUCCAUCGCUACGCUCGCUGGGACCUGCUGUGGCACAGCCGGCUGGUGCCAACCAUGGGCCAGGCCCGAGGGAAACUCAUCAUCCUGCAAGAAUUUACAGGCCCUGACUUGGGGAUGCGCUACACUUCCCUGGACAUAGCUGAUGACUGGAGGGUACCCACGCUUCUGCAUUUGGAGCAGAAAUGGCAGAGUGUCUACGAACACUUGGAGGCAGCGCCUACAGGAAACAUGGAGCAGAUUUUUCUCACCUUCAGUAGUGGAACUGGUGUGUUUGCACACCCCAGAGCGGUUGCACAGCGCAUCAAUGCACAGCUUUAUGAUUACCUGCAGGCCAAGACGGUCCUGAACCAACGGCUUGGAAUCAUAUGCAUGGACUUCCCCGCUGCUCCCAUUAUUCAAAUGAUCAUUGACUUUCAACUAAAAGAGGUCACGAAAAGGCAUUUCCCCAACAACUUCCAAAAAGGCUGAUCUUAAAUACGAAGCUUCACCAUUGAAAAAGAAGAUGGUUAAACAAACGACUGCAAAUGUCUCAGCCAGAUUAUUACAAAAAUGGAUGUGAUUAAACUCAAGCAGGAUUGAUCAGACUUCUUCAGCUGAGGAAUCAUUUUGAAAGGUAGACUUUUGUAUCUCUGAAAAAUGGAAACUAACUGACUAGCUAACUUAAAUGUUUUAACAUUCACUACACAUCCUCCUACAAGUUGAGGUAAUACCAAAACAGGUGCAAAAUAAUGGGUCUUUUACGCUAACAACAGCCUUUAUGUCUUGUGGUAAACAUAACAUCACAUAUUUCACAGGCACUGUGUUUAUUGUUGGUGAAGUCUGGUAAAAUAGAUAAUAAAAAGCAUCUCACAAAUAAAAUAAAUAG